GUUCCGCUUCCCCUUCGCCAUAGCGGAAUUAUCCAAGGGCCCAGAAGAUACAAGAAAAGUUGCAUUGUAAAUAGUUAUAUUCGCAUAUUUUUCUAAUUUAUAUAAACUGGUGGGUGUUCGAGGCUCUGUAUAGCGAAAGAAACGUUUUAAUGGAUUAAUAAGGGUAAGACGAAGUGUCGUGGAUUGAUCUGGAGUGAAGUUGUGUUCAAGUUGAGCUGGUGUGGAUUUCUCCGGUACCUAUUGGUGCAUUCUUCAUCUGGCUGUGCAUGAGCUCACGAGUGCCUCAUGCUGAUGUGAGCGCUGCUUGGCUCACUCUGUCUGUUUGCCCCCACCGAGCCCCUCUGCCCUGUGAUAUUUCAAAGCACCACAAUGUGUGAUAACGGAGACGCCGAGGAUAAACCUCCUGCUCCACCUGUUCGCAUGAGCAGCACCAUCUUCAGCACCAGCUCUGGGAAAGACUCUCUCUCUGCCAACCAUAGCUCCAAACCUCUGCCCUCUGUCCCCGAAGAAAGGAAACCUCGCAACAAAAUCAUCUCAAUUUUCUCAGGGGCUGAGAAAAGUGGUAGAAAGAAGGACAGAGAUAAAGAGCGUCCAGAAAUUUCCCCUCCUUCAGAUUUUGAACACACCAUCCAUGUAGGCUUUGAUGCUGUCACAGGGGAGUUUACUGGCAUGCCAGAGCAGUGGGCACGAUUACUCCAGACGUCCAACAUCACAAAGUCAGAGCAGAAGAAAAACCCACAAGCCGUGCUCGAUGUUUUAAAAUUUUAUGACUCUACAGGGAAUGGACGUCAAAAGUACCUCAGCUUAUCUUCUUCUGAAAAAGAUGCAUACACUCCAGGCCCUCAAUCUCCUGUCAAAAAAGGCACUGAACCUUCUCCAAAUAUUAAAGACAUUGAUGAUGAUGAUGAUGAUGAAACUCCUCCUCCGAUUGUGGCUCCAAGACCAGAGCAUACAAAAAGUGUGUAUACCCGCUCAGUUAUUGAUCCUAUUCCUGCUCCAAGCACAUGCCCUGAUGGUGAUGCAGCCUCUAAAGCAGCUGACAGACAGAAAAAGAAAAACAAAAUGUCUGAUGAGGAGAUUAUGGACAAACUGAGAACCAUAGUUAGCAUUGGAGACCCCAAAAAGAAGUACACAAGAUAUGAGAAAAUUGGACAGGGAGCAUCAGGAACAGUAUUUACAGCCAUUGAUGUUGCAACCGGACAAGAGGUGGCUAUCAAACAGAUCAACCUACAAAAACAGCCGAAGAAGGAACUCAUUAUUAAUGAGAUUUUGGUGAUGAAGGAACUGAAGAACCCCAACAUUGUCAACUUUUUAGACAGUUUCCUAAUGGGGGAAGAACUUUUUGUGGUGAUGGAGUAUUUGGCAGGAGGCUCAUUGACAGAUGUGGUGACAGAGACUUGUAUGGAUGAGGCUCAGAUUGCUGCUGUCUGCCGAGAGUGUUUACAAGCGCUGGAAUUCUUGCACGCCAAUCAAGUCAUCCACAGAGACAUCAAAAGUGACAAUGUUUUACUUGGGAUGGAUGGCUCCGUCAAACUCACGGAUUUUGGCUUCUGUGCACAAAUAACUCCAGAGCAGAGCAAAAGAAGUACCAUGGUGGGCACACCUUACUGGAUGGCCCCAGAAGUAGUGACAAGAAAAGCCUAUGGACCUAAAGUUGACAUCUGGUCUUUGGGAAUCAUGGCCAUCGAGAUGGUGGAAGGAGAGCCUCCAUAUCUGAAUGAAAACCCACUACGUGCAUUGUACCUGAUUGCCACCAAUGGCACUCCUGAACUUCAAAACCCAGAGAAGCUCUCCCCAGUCUUCAGAGACUUCCUCAAUCGUUGUCUGGAAAUGGAUGUGGAGAAAAGAGGUGGAGGCAAAGAGCUCUUGCAGCAUCCGUUCCUGAAGCUGGCCAAGCCCCUCUCCAGUCUCACGCCCCUCAUCCUGGCAGCCAAGGAGGCCAUGAAAGGCAACCGUUAGCUGUCCACAGUAGCUCGCAUGCGUCCCCAUGCUGUGCACCGAAAUGUGCCAAUGAAUUAGAUUUUGUGCCAGACAAUAGGCUGAGGGUUUUUAAGAGAUUUGCCACUCUUGAUGCACCAGCCAUAAAUGCCCUGACACACCUCACUGUGAAGAAGACCAAAAUGGAGCACACCCCACCGCUGUCCGCAUGAACUCAGAUUUCAGAAGACAAGUCAAACAAGUGCUUAAUUUCAAGAGUCAGGCGUAGUCAUUUUGUACAACAAAUAUCUUGGCAACAACUUAGGGCUAGGCUUGUAUUUAACUUGGAAUGAAGAAGAUGCCUAGUUCGUUUUUAGUUUUUUUUGUUUUUUUUAAUCAACUGCCUUAAACAAAUGCAACUGUUGCCUAAUGUAUUGUUGAUUAUGUCUGUGUCCUUUUCCCAUGAUUUUUACUACCUUUGUAAUUACCUUUUCAGCUUGUCAUUGUCUUAGUUAUUUUGAUACUUGAAUUUCAUAUGUGCCCCUUUCUUGCUAUACUGUAUUCUGGCUCUGUCAACAUUAGACGUGUUGUAUGGACUUUUAUGUCUUGCAGGUUUUAUAGGAAACAAUCCACAGCAUUUCAUGAUAAUGGAAGUGUUAAGAGACUGUGUCUCGGGCAGUCUAAUUGCCAAACCUGGCCUACUGUACCAGUUCCUCUGUCAGUAUCACUAGUCUCCUGAUAUCACAGGUGCACCUUACAGGCAGAUUAAAUUGUUAGAUUGACAGGGUUUAUACGUUCUUCUUUAUUGUUAUUAAAAGUGAGUUAUUGUCCUA